AUGUAUCCCUCGCUCCGCCUCCCGUGGUCUACCAGCCCGUCUCAGGCUGAGACGCUCUACAGGAGCGCCGGUCUGCUCCGCACCAAGGGCACCAUCUUCCUCCUGCCGCCGCCAGACUCCCAACUUCGUGUAGCAUUCAACAACUCACCGCGGCCCAAGACGCGGAUGAGCAGCGGCGCUGUUGCGCUUUGCAAGCAUUUUGAGCGGCGGCAGGCUCUCCAAGACCUCGACAAAGCAAGGACGAUAAGGAGCAUGCUAGGAUACGACAAUGCUGAUGGUGUAGGUCCAGGAGCCGACGAUGGCAACGACGGAUCAUCAGGAUCAGCAUCAGUGCUCGGUGCUAGCAGGCCCGACGGUGCAGCGCAAAGCUAUCGACUAAGCAAGCGGAAGGAAGGCGAUGCACCACAUCCCUACUGGCCACUCCCCACUGGCUCGAAUGACGAGAAGACGGCUACUGCUGAGAAGGUUCUCGACAAGGUGCUGGCGGAAGCGGUUUGGCGAAAUGUUAUGCUCCUCCAUUCGGGCGUUGCUGUGUAUGAGAUACGGGUUCUGGGGGGAUGGGGGAUGCGUUGGACUUUAGCUGUGGAGCGAGAUGGUGAUGAGGUCGAGGGACAAGGGGCAGACGACAACACUUCUGACUCUGUGCGGCAAACGACUACUAUGCAGGGAGAGGACGGCGACGCGGUGGUGCUGAACGAGACGAACUCGUCAGCAACGGUGAAGCCGACAGCGGCGGAUCCCAAAGACGAAGAGAGCCUUGCACAGACGAAUUGGAAGAUCACCAGAGUAACCUUCCGAGGCUUACUGGAGCCGAUCGCUGGACUGGACCAUGAACUAUGA